AUGUCACGCGUUAAUAAACCCCCGAUCUCCAUCUCUCGUCUUUUGUGUAAUGUGAAGGAUAAGCCCGAUAAGAUCGCUGUGGUAGUUGGUACCGUUACAGAUGAUAAUCGGGUGUUGGACAUCCCUAAAAUUACUCUUGCAGCACUUCGUGUCACAAAGUCAGCCAAGGCUAGGAUUCUAAAGGCUGGUGGUGAAGUCCUUACCUUAGAUCAAUUGGCUUUGCGUGCACCUACCGGUUCAAAUACAAUUUUACUUAGAGGCCCUAAAAAUGCACGAGAGGCUGUUAAGCACUUUGGCAUGGGUCCUCAUAAAAAUGCCAAACCUUACGUUCGAUCUAAGGGCAGAAAAUUCGAAAAAGCUCGUGGUCGCCGAGCUUCUCGUGGUUAUAAGGUGUAA